GGUUGUACUGUACUGUAAUUUUAUCUUGUUUACCAAAAUGAUAACCAAGUGAUUCAUUAUGCCAUGCAGGUGCAAAGUUAGGGUUAGUCUCGGAUGUACUGUAUUUGUUUGUGGAAAACAACCUUGUGUGCUUUUCGGUAAUGUAAACGAUGAUGAAUUUACUCUAAUAUCUUUGUAUUCUCUUCCAUUUCAGGGAAUUUCAGAAGUUGAAGAGAAGAGCUUCUGCCCCAAGCAUAACUCCACUUACAUCGCCUAAAAAACAAACCAAUCGUAUGCAAGCUGAAGGGAACACAGAUAAUGCUGACAAGUCAAGCCCAAUUAGUGUUGAUAAGGAUGGUCGAGAAUCGCCUGAGGGAACUUCAGAUAAUGAAGAAGCAUCAGGGGGUGGUGGAUUUGUUAUGGUAACACCUUCAGCAGUGCCACUUAGGACUCAAACCAUAGGGUCUUCAGCAAAUGUUGAAUUUAAAAAUGGUGUAGAAAACAGUGAGGAAAUUACUGAUGAAGUGCUGGUGCUCAUGCACAGAUAAAUGAAUUGAUAAAUGAUGUAAGUGGAUUUGAAAUGCCUUCAGAAUCUAUUGAAGAUCUGAUACAAGCCAACCAUGGAGGUACACAUUGUGAUUUAAAUAUACAGCUUUCAGAAUCUUUGGAUCAAAGAGUUAGUGUGACUGAGGAAGAGGUGUUGAUAAAGGGAGAAAUAAAUGUAUACGAGUCCUCCACAAUACCAGAUGACGAUGGAGAUGUGGAAAGCGUUGAUGAUUCCUCUGUUAGACAUCAUCACCAGCCUCAGUCAAGAGAUACUAUUCCUGUAAAUGAAAGCACAGGAAACGUAAGUUCAACAGAGAAAUAUCUAGAACAACUAAAGACCGAGGCCAAAACAUUGCUGAGGGCGUCUUCAAAGAGGUGUCCGCCAGAGGCUUUUGAGGAACAUGUAGUGCAGGCCAGUCUUGGCCACAUAAUGCGGAGAAAUUCACGGGUACAGACUGAGGUAGCAACACUGGGUCAAGGUGGCCAAGAACUCUUAGAUGUAGUUGCAACCUCGAUACACAACAUAGCUCCUAAUGUCAUUCUAGCGAAACGUGAG